GUGUGUAGCCUACAAAGGAGAGAAUUAUGUCUUCUCACGCUUGCGUGGCUCCAGUUCAUUACUCCUCAUCUGCGUCUAGUGGUAUGUUACAGUGGGUGAACUUGCCAUAGGAAUUGUUCACUCAGAGAGAAGGGUGCAUGCGUACAAGCUGCUCAUUCAAGCAAACAGCGCCCAGAGCUUAAAAGAGCCUCGUUUGGACCCGGCGGUUCAGUUCAUCUUGAGGAAACUCACUGAGCUCACCCAACAUAUGUCGUUCUCUCGUGUGUUAUUGGAUUACAAGAACUGCCGUCGCGAAUGCAUAUUGUACACUUGGAAUUAUAUUGCAUCUUUCUUAAUGGGAUUAAAAGCCGUGGACAAUACAUUUCUGGAGGGACUGAAGCUGUUGGCUUUCUCCUGGGAAAUUCCGAGUCGGUUUUAUCCUGCAUAAAGGAUGGUAUGAAGCGAUUGAGGAAAGUUUGCAUUUUUUAACGCAAGCUCUUCAGCUCUUCGUUUUGGAUUCACAACAUGGAAAGAUAAAGCAAGUUCAACAAUUAAAGAAGGCUAACAUAUUCGGAAUUAUACAGGAAGAGGAAAUGCACGGAGCCUGGGUUCUCCUCAUCCUGAUAGAAGAAGGCUUUGCACUGGCACAGAAAACUAAAGAGUCUCAGAAUGCAGGUCAGACGACUAAGACCGCUGGUCAGUGUGGCACCUGGAUCCGAGAAACCAACGGAGGACUGUUCACCUCCCCCAACUACCCGGACACCUACCCCCCCAACAAGGAAUGCGUUUACAUCCUGGAAGCCCUCCCCCGUCAGAGAAUUCAGCUGGCCUUCGACAACACGUACUACAUCGAGCCGUCCUUUGAGUGCCGCUUCGACCACAUCGAGAUUCGGGACGGCCCUUUUGGCUUCUCGCCCCUCAUAGACCGCUUCUGCGGGCCAAAGAGCCCGGGCGUGGUCACGUCCACCGGCCGCUUCAUGUGGGUCAAGUUCACCAGCGAUGAGGAGCUGGAGGGCCUGGGCUUCCGUGUCAAAUAUGCCUUCAUCGCAGACCCAGAUUUUCAUCUCCACGUGGGAGGAAUAUUAAAUCCAAUUCCAGACUGUCAGUUUGAGCUUGGAGGUGCAGAUGGGAUUAUCCAGUCCAGUCAGGUAGAGGAGGAAGAGAAGAUAGGCUCCACUGAUGCAGUGGACUGCAUCUGGACGAUACGUGCUCCACCUAAAUCCAAGAUCUAUCUCCGCUUCCUGGAGUACCAGAUGGAGAACUCCAACGAGUGCAAGAAGAACUUUGUGGCAGUAUACGAUGGGAGCAGUGCCAUAGAGAACCUGAAAGCCAAGUUCUGCAGCACUGUGGCCAAUGACAUCAUGCUGGAGAGCGAGGUGGGCGUGGUCCGGAUGUGGGCGGACGAGAGCAGUCGACUCAGUCGCUUCCGCAUGCUCUUCACCUCCUUUGUCGACCCUCCUUGUUCCAGCCAUACCUUCUUCUGCCACAGCAACAUGUGUAUCAAUGACACUCUGGUUUGCAAUGGGGUUCAGAACUGUGUUUACCCCUGGGAUGAGAAUAACUGCAAGGAGAGGAAGUCCAAUGGGCUUUUCCACCAGAUCACUAAGACGCACGGUACAGUCAUCGGUGUGUCCGCAGGUGUGGUUCUGGUCCUUCUGAUCAUCUCCAUCCUGGUCCAGAUGAAACAGCCGCGCAAGAAGGUGGUGGCCCGCAAGGCCAUCUUCAACAAGACCGGCUUCCAGGAGGUCUUCGACCCUCCGCACUACGAGCUCUUCUCCCUCCGUGACAAGGAGGUCUCCUCGGACAUGGCCGACCUGUCGGAGGAGCUGGAGAGCUACCACAAGCUCCGCCGCUCGUCCACGGCCUCGCGCUGCGUCCACGAGCACCACUGCGGCUCGCAGGCCUCCAGCACCAAGCAGAGCCGCACCACCCUGGGCUCCAUGGAGCUGCCCUACCGCAACGACUUCUCCCAGCCGCCGCCCAUGAAGACCUUCAACAGCACCUACAAGAAGAGCUGCUACGGCUACAAGCAGGCGCACGACUGCGCCGAGCAGGUCAUCGAGGACCGCGUCAUGGAGGAGGUGCCAUGCGAGAUCUACGUGCGCGGGAGCACCCGCAGCAACGGCAGCGACAGCGUCCAGCAGCGCUCCAUGUCCAUGGACUUCUGAGGAGGAGGAGGAGGAGGAGGACGAGGGGGAGGAGGAGAAAGCAGCGGGAGAGGGGAUGGUUCCACAUCCUCCUUACCCUCUGUGUCUCCUGCCUGUUCCUGUUCAAGUCACGUGACGAGGAAUCCGUUCAUUUCAAUCACACGCUGCUUGCGUGCAAAGCAGUCGGGCUCGUCAUAAUUCAUUUCUGUCAAUUCGGGUUUAAUUCUGUAAAAAUAAAAGUUGCAUUGCUUCUUGGCUUUCAUUUCAGGACUUGUAAAUUAGAUCAUUCGAUGAACUGAAUAAGCCCCCACAGUAAUGAUUUCAUUAGGGAUGCUAAUGCUGUUUUGACGAGGGUCCCCAGUUGGGCUCUUACAUUGGGAGAAAACACAUGCACAGCCCGCUAUACAUCAGGGACAGACAUCCUCUGUGUUCCUGACUGACAGACAGAUACCCUCUCUCUGCUCUUGUUUUAAUUUUGAUUAAAAAAUAUGUGCUCACUUA